CAUACUGAAAAAAUGUAUUCAAUGUUUUAGGUAGGUAUAGAAUGUCAUCCUUAAAAAUAUCAUAGACAAUAACUUGUUCUUUUUUUAGCCGAUACGGCAAUACAAGAAGAAAACAAAAAAUCUUUCUUUCGUAUCUGUCAAAAAAGAAGGCAGUGUUUCAGCCAUGGGUCGUGUCAGGACUAAGACCGUCAAGAAGGCGGCUAAGAUUAUCAUUGAGAAAUACUACACAAGAUUGACUCUUGAUUUCGAUACAAACAAGAGGAUAUGUGAGGAAAUUGCUAUCAUUCCUACCAAACCCCUCCGUAAUAAAAUUGCUGGGUUUGCCACCCACUUGAUGAGGCGUCUCAGACACUCCCAAGUGCGAGGGAUCUCCAUCAAGCUGCAAGAGGAGGAGCGUGAGAGGCGUGACAACUAUGUGCCUGAGGUUUCUGCUCUCGAGCAUGACAUCAUUGAGGUGGACCCCGACACCAAGGACAUGUUGAAAAUGCUUGACUUCAACAACAUUAAUGGUCUGCAGCUCACUCAGCCCGCGACACAAGGUGGUUACGGUGGCAGACGUAAUUAAGUUAAGAAUAAAACAUAAAAUAUAACUGCA